GUCGAGCAGCUGGAAACAUUAAUUCAAAUGCUUAUAUGGUCUAAAUGUCCUACAUUUCACUUUAUUCACAUUUGAGCCUGCUUGCUUAGAAAAUAAUUAUCCUCUACGUAGAGCCACAAUUCCGUGAGUGAUGGAUAUUCAGGAAGAAUUCGAGAGAAACUUACGGACUCUCACGGAGGAAAUUAAACGAAAAGCAAACCAUGCGGACUACGAGGAUAAACCGGUCAAAAAGAAAACCAUAAUGAAGAAAAUUGAAGGUGUGAUUCUGGAUGUAGUUGAAUCAGUUCAAAAAGGAAAACCUCUCAGACUCGAUGUAAAAAAUUUCCGAGAUUGGGACAACUGCACUUACGCAGACAGAUUGAUUUUGAAGCCAGAUAAAGAGGUAACCACAUGCAAAGUUGUGUUUGACUCAGAACGAAGUCAACGAAAAUACACGAUUAUCGUCCAUUUGCUCUCUAAGAUUUAUCAGAUGCUUAAUCAAGGACUGACAAGUACACGCCGGGAGCUAUACUACAAGGAUGUUGAAUUGCUGCAAAGCCAGGAUAUAGUCGAUGAAGCAAUUAAAAUAAUAUGUUGUCUUCUCAACACACCACCCUGGCAAUUAGGAGUUUUUGGGACAUCAAAAGGUCUGGUAGCUGGACAUCUAGUCUUGCAGACUAAUACUAAAGAUACUAUUGACUGCCUGAGUCCAGGAGGUGUACUCAUACCUCAAGAUGUACUAUCAUUGAAACCUGUUUCAAAGGCAAAAUUCAUCCUGAUAGUGGAAAAAGAUGCAACUUUCCAAACGCUUUUAGAUGAAAAAAUUUUGGACCGCUACAAAUUAAUUUUAAUCACUGGGAAGGGAUUUCCUGAUUUGAAUACACGCUUGUUGGUGCGGCUUCUAACAAACACCUUGAAGAUUCCAGUCUUUAUGAUUGCCGAUGCUGAUCCACAUGGGAUGGAAAUUAUGUGUGUCUACCGCUAUGGCUCACUUACUAUGUCUGAACACGCGCAAAUGCUGGCAGUACCAGAAAUUCACUGGUUAGGAGUUCAUCCAUCUGAUAUUGAAAUAUUACACCUGACAAAAAUUCCAUUUACUACAGCAGAUGAAGACAAACUCAACAGCUUGGCCAGUCGUGUGUAUACCUUGGCAAACACAAAACUUGUAAAAGAGAUUAGUAUAUUAAAAAAACUCAACAGCAAAGCAGAGAUUGAAUCAGUGUCCAGCCUUGCAAAAAAUAACUUGACCAAUUUUUACAUAGAAUUCAAGAUAGCUGCCAACCAGCUGAUUUGAUUAAAAAUAUACAUUUUAUUCCAUAGUA